AUGGCGAUCCACGAUAAGUAUGUUUUGGGGAGAGAUAAGGUGGAGUCGAAACGUCUCGAUUCUCAGCACCGGCUGCUGGUCAAAGUAUCCGGAAAUACACUCAUCCAUCCCACCCUACCAACAGAACAGAUCCGGUCUGUUGCGGACAUAGCUACCGGGACUGGAAUCUGGCUAGAAGACGUAACACAAUUCUUGGAAAGACCUCACAUCGAGCGCUACUAUCAAGGGUUUGAUAUCUCGUCGGAACAAUUCCCUAGCAAUCCGGGACCAAUCCAGCUGUCCGUUCACGAUGUGACGACACCGUUUCCCAAAGAGCACUGGAACCGGUACGAUUUGGUACAUGUGCGGUUACUGGUUGCUGCGCUCGAGGAGUCCGAUUACCGUGCCGCAAUCACCAAUAUCUACAAUAUCUUAAAACCCGGCGGAUACCUCCAAUGGGAAGAAAUCGACGAAGAAACAUACCUGUCAGCCAACCCCGUGAUCCAGGAACUCCGCCGAUGUUUCGACUACGGGUUCCGAGCCGAAGGAAAAUGUUUCCAGGCAUCUGCCAAGGUGUACAAGGAAAGCCAAAUCGUGGGAUUCGUGGACGUCGAGAGACUCGCGUACGAGUCGCAUCAGAAUCCGGACCUUCGUCUCGGCACGGAUAAACGACUCGCUGCAAUUAUUCGGACGCUGUAUCCGCGUCUUUUGUGGAGGAGUGGGCAGGUGAUUGGGGAGGAGGCUGCGAUGCAGAGGGCGGAGGCGCUCGUUGAGGAGCAUUUCGCUCUUUGUGAGAAGGGUCAGUCGCCGUCGUUGACGUUGAUGAGGGUUGUGGGGAGGAAGCCGGAUGGGGUGGAUUUGUGA